AUGGCCAGAAACGUAACACGCAUUGAGAAUCUCAUCAAAAAGUUGAACAAAGCAGACUUCUGCAAAGUUUUUGACUCAUCCAUACGCUCGCGGUUAGCCAACAAUGCUGACACUACAGACAUCGUAGUCUCGCUGCAGGAGACGAUCGCGGAAGUCAGUGUCUCGACACCAGCAGCGACGCCAGCAGCGUCUCCUGCUGCCGACAGCGAGCAAGACCACGACGAAAUAACAGGAGUACAGCGCAUCAGCUCGACCAAGCUAGGUGGUGCCCCACAGGGCAGCCAACCCAAUCGUAAGCGCUUUGAAGGAGCUGGCCAUUCUGUCUCAGACGAGGAGGCGAAUGGCGACGAUAGCGGCUGUUGUCAAGGCCGUAGGAAACGACGAAAGCACGAUGCAACAUGUACCGACGGCAAUAGUGUCAAGCUCAGUAAAGCAAACAUGAUCAAGCCGGAUCCGCAGCAAGAUCUUUACAAUCUAUGGGGCCUCUGCAAGUCUCUGCGACAGAGUCGUCGCGUAGAGGAGCUGAUAAACUCAGAGCUAUCUUGGACAGAACAACUACCAAAACUUUUUGACAACGCAGAGAAACACAUUCAUGAUGCUAAAAGCAGAUUAGCUCAUAGCACUCUCGAGUGGCGACUCCUAGCUGUGGAUGUGGCAAACUUGUAUGUGCAAGAGAGACCCCACGAAGACGAACGGCGAUCUGCAUGGCGGGCCAUGGGAUAUAAGGUUCACGGCACUCGUGAUACAACGCUGGACUUGUUAACGGGACGAAUUUUCGGUGCCGAUGUCGACAUGUGCUUGAUAGCGCCAGGAAUGCGUAUAUCGCAGAAUGCUUUCAAGGCUCAACGUGCUGGGCAAAUGGAGACUCCAUUCGUCAGGUACCUCAUUAACACCUUUGAGAGCUCCAAAGAGAAGCUUCACGUCUUUUCACAAGUCAUGGACAACUGGGUAAGGUUUCAUAUGCCCCCUUACCCAGCCCUUAUGAUCGAAGGCCUCAGCGAGGCGGCAGUACGAACACAGCGUGAUCUGUCACUCGACUUCUGGGGCCAGCCAGCCAGCGCGUCUGUCAGUGGUGUCACUGACGCUCAUGACUUUGAUGCAUCCGACACCGUACCAGCAAGGAUAGAAUUCUGA